AUGUCGGUGGUAAAGCUGAUACCAACUAGUAAAGCUGAUCCUUUAUCGUAUGCUUCACGUGCAUAUAGAGAUUAUUUAAUCGGACAUUGUUUACGUAUUUUAACCGGUACUGUUGGAGAUGCUCAUUUAUCUUCAAUAUUAGAAUAUGGACAAACUAUUAUGGCUUCUGCUGGAAUAGAUGCUGGAUUUUUAUGUACUAACAAAGUUACAGUUACACAUUGCGAAGAUGAAAUUGGAUUAUGGUGGGGAGCAGUUAUAUAUCUAGCAGCAUGUUGGAGAUUGAAAGAAGACGAUUCACAAGCAUGGAGCAUUGUUGAAAGCAAAUUUCCUUAUGAAAAAUGUUAUCAACUUUGCAAUAAUAAUAAUAGUAUUAGUCCACUACCAUAUAUUGUUUUAAAUGCUUUGCAAGCAGCAAAAGCGACUACUAAAUCAGUCUCUAUGCGUUUUAUUGAUCAGGCAGGAAUAUUGCUUGAACAAUGUUUGGUUUAUUAUAAUUGCAAGCAACAGUCAUCCCAAAACGUUUUGCUUACUCAAUUGUGGAUUUGUGAUUGGUUACUUGAAAUGCGAACUACACUUUGGCAGGAAUUAGAUAACGAUUUAGAAAAAUUAACUACAAAUAUAUCUCUUGGAGGUUUUCAACGUGAUUUAGCUUGUUUGAGACAAUUAUGUCAACAUAUUCCAUCUACUUUAGCAAGAGUAUUUGUUUAUGAAGCCACAACACGUAUAAUGGCGGGAGCAACACCAGUGAAAACUCAAAUAUUGUUAGACCGUAGCUUACAUCACAGAAAUUCACGUUCUUCAAUUAUCCGUGGAAAAGAUCGUUCACAAGAUCAAUAUACUGGAGAAAGAGAACACGCGGUAGCUUUAUGUUUAGCUUGCCGACAUUUACCUCCACUAUUAUUAGCCUCUCCUGGAGAACGUGCAGGCAUGCUUGCAGAAGCUGCUAAAACUCUUGAGAGGGUAGGAGAUAUAAAGAGACUUCAAGAAUGUUACAAAUUAAUGAGGCAAUUAGGACCAGCUAUCUCUGCUAACUGAUAUAUUACUGGUAUAAGAAUAUACCUCAUUCAAUCUUGUCUUUUACAUGGGUUUAUCUUUUUCAUGACUCAUUAUUGUACCAGGUAUGUAAAUAUGAAACCGGAAUUUUUAUAUAGAAAAUACACGUUUAUUGUAUGAAAAUGAUUAAAAAUAUUUUAUUCGAAGUAUUGCCCAUCGCUAGCUAUACAUUUUUCCCACCUGUCUGGC